AUGAAUCUAGAUCAAUUGAAAAGGUGGCCUUUUCCCGAACAAGAGUUUUUGGGCCGAGGAGCUUUCGGCAACGUGAUGCGAGGACUCUACUGUGGCACACCGGUGGCCGUCAAAGAGUUACUGACAGGACAGGGCCAGAUGCCUGACGUGCGUCGACAGGCGAAGGAGGAGCUUCUGAAAGAGAUUGGUACUCUGAUGGAGUUUCGUCAUCCGAACAUCGUGUGCAUGAUCGCGUACGAUUCGAGAUACAUUGUGAUGGACAUGUACAAAGGGAAUGCCAAGAAAUUGAGAUCGAUGGAUGAGGUGGCCGUUGUUGGAAGAGAUUGCAUGCGAGGCAUCUCGUACAUGCACCGGCACGGCAGAUGCGUCGUUCACGGCGACAUCAAGCCCGACAACAUUCUGGUGAACAUCGAUUCCAAAGGAACCAUCUACAAGGCCGCGCUCGGUGACGUCGGCCUGGCGCGUUCGUGUGCCAAGUGCUUGCGGACGAAAGGAUUCUCGGGAACACCGGGGUACAUGCCCAUGCCAAAUCCCGUCGUCGACAGCACACACGACAUUUACGCACUCGCCGUAAGCCUGUUGGACGCUUUCCUCGGGGCUCACCCGGGAGAUGUUCACACGAGGAACGACGAGCACGGCCUGGAAGACAACACGAUGGUAGCAUUAGGACAGUUUCCUCACCGGGAGUCCCAAAAAGUGCUGUCGGAUAUGCUCAUGUCGUACAGGGAUGGUGACCUCCAGAACAACCCCGAGAAGAAAGGGGAAUUCUUUCAAAACAUUAUCGUGCAGUGGGAAAACCUCGUUUCGAGAACCAGCGCUACCGCACCGAAGAUCACGUCGUACGCGUCGGAUCCGAUGCAGAGCAGCCAAACAUCAAUGUCUAUGGAGAGUACUCAAACAAAAUAA